AUGAGCAACGACGCUAGAAGUAUACAAACUAUAAUGUCUGAUGAGAAGUCGGACAAGGAAUCAAUGCAUACGAUAAACACUGUUCAGAGUGAGAAGAAGUCCAGGAACAGGUUCAAGAUUAAAAACAUCUUUGAAAAGGUUGAAGAUAGGCCAACUCCACCACAGGUGUACAAUUAUAGGGUUUACUUGACUGCAGUCAUGGCCUCGGCAGCAGCUAUUAUUAUUGGCUACGAUAGUGGGUUUAUCGGUGGGACUGUUGCCUUGGACUCAUUUAGAAAAGAGUUUGGCUUGGAUGUUGCCCCUAAUGAAGCUUACAUCACGUCCAAUGUUAUAUCGGUGUUUCAUGUUGGCUGUUUCUUUGGUGCUUUGUUUUCGUAUCCUGGAUCGUACUACUUUGGAAGAAGAAUCCCUUUAAUUGCUGCUGCAUUGUUAAUCACUGUUGGUUCUGGUAUUAUGCUUGCGGCCAAAGAUUCGGUAGGACUUGGACCUAUAUACGCAGGUAGAGUCUUGGCGGGCCUAUCAGUUGGGUGCUCAACAAACUUGACGGUUGUGUACAUUUCCGAAAUAUCGCCGCCGGCCAUCAGAGGUCAGUUGACAGCAAGUUAUGAGAUUGGAUGGAGAGUUGGUGAUCUAGUUGGGUUCUGGAUUAAUUACGCUGUUGAUACAAAUAUCCCUCUGGGCAGAAAACAAUGGAUGAUUCCUUUUGCUAUUCAAUUGAUCCCCAGUGGAUUAUUUUUGCUUGGAAGUAUAUUUAUGAAGGAAAGUCCAAGGUGGUUGAUGCAGGUUGGCAAAUACGAACAAGCAAUCAAGAAUCUUACGUGGUUUAGACAAUUACCAGAGACUGACGAGUAUAUCAUCUAUGAAAUCAACCAGUGCAAAGAGAGCGUUGAAGAACAAAAAAACAAGGUUGGUUUGGGGAUUAUGGAUCCAUUUUAUGAAGUUUUCUUCCACAACAAAAACUUGUUACAUCGUUUAUUCAUCACAGUCAUGUUGUUUCAGUUUUGCAACUUCAUGGGAAUUCAAGCCAUCAACUACUAUUCACCAAAGCUAUUCAGUGGAUUGGGCGUCAAAGGUGUCAAUGCUUCGUUGUUCUCAACCGGUAUGUUUGGUGUUGUCAAAUUCUUUUGCACAUUUUUCUACAUCCUUGUUCUUGUGGAUACUGUUGGUAGAAGACUUUCCUUUAUGGUGUCUUCUGGGCUAUGUUCAAUUUGUUUCUGGUACAUUGGCGCAUACUUGAAGGUCAAUGAUCCAACUAAACCGGGAGUCCUGGCUGGUCCAGGCGGUAAAGCUGCUAUAGGAAUGAUGUACAUCUGGAUUGCCUCUUUUAUUUCUGCGUGGUCUGGUGGUCCUUUUGUUGUUGGAAGUGAAGUCUUUGAUCAAAACAUUAGGUCUUUUGUCCAAGCAAUCAAUGCUGCUUCAUCCUGGGUAGCUAUUUUUGUCAUGUCUAGGUGGACACAACAAAUGAUCAAGAGCAUGUCCUAUGGAAUCUACUUCUUCUUUGCUGCAUUAGCUUUGGCAUCCAUUCCAUUUGUGUAUUUCUUUUUGCCAGAAACCAUGGGUAUUGCUUUAGAAGAUAUGGAUAAAUUGUUCAACAGAAAGAUCCCAGCUAGAAAAGCUCACAAGAUUGUGUUGAAUAGUGUCAAGAAUGAGAACCAAGAGAUCUUUCUUGAGAACCAUGAACAUGGAUUGUUCAAAAUGGACACUAACAAACCCGAGACGGAGAACGUGGAAAAUCUUUUUGAGAGGCAGGACAGGGUGUAA